UCUGAAACUCGCAGCUGCCUCCAGACUCCGGGUCUCCGUCGGAAGUUUCGCUCCCAUCCGAAUCCAAGUCGUAUCCAGAUUCACGUCGUAUCCAGAUUCAAGUUGUAUCCAGAUUCAAGUUGUAUCCGGAUUCUAUCUGCAUCCAGUUUUCAAGCUGCAUUCCAAAUCGUAGCUCCUCCUUGACGCACCACCAUAAAUAUUCUACCCCACUCACGAAACAUGGAGCAGCAGCAGCAGCUCCAAACGGCUCCCGAUAGCUCGAACGCCACCAUUUUGUUGAUGGGCUUACGAAGGGGCGGCAAGUCGUCCAUCUGCAAAGUUGUGUUCCAUAACAUGCAGCCUCUCGAUACCCUAUACUUGGAAAGCACAUCGAAGCCCACCAGCGAGCAGUUUCUGUCUUUGAUCGACUUGUCUGUGAUGGAGCUUCCCGGUCAACUCAAUUACUUCGAGCCCUCAUAUGAUAGCGAGCGGCUUUUCUCCAGCGUGGGCGCCUUAGUUUAUGUGAUCGAUUCGCAGGACGAGUACCUCAAUGCUUUGACAAACUUGUCGACGAUCAUUGAGUACGCCCACAGGGUCAACCCGAAAAUACACAUCGAGGUGCUCAUCCACAAAAUCGACGGGCUUUCCGAAGACUACCGUAUCGAUGCGCAAAGGGACAUCAUGCAGAGGACAGGCGACGAGUUGUUGGAUCUUGGGCUCGAGGGUGUGCAAGUCUCGUUUUACCUCACGUCCAUUUUUGACCACUCCAUCUACGAGGCGUUCUCUCGGAUUGUGCAAAAGCUAGUGCCCGAAUUGCCCUCGCUUGAAAAUAUGCUAGACAACUUAGUCGCCCACUCCUCAAUCGACAAGGUCUUUCUCUUCGAUGUCAACUCUAAAAUCUACGUGGCCACUGACUCGUCGCCCGUGGAUAUACAGACCUAUGAAGUUUGUGCCGAGUUCAUAGACAUCACCAUAGAUUUAGACGACCUCUACGUGGAGAAUGACGCGAAGUCCGACCAGCAGGUUGUCAAGGAUGAAAUCAAGUCCAUUUCGUAUCUUUCAAAUGGCCUGGUGCUCUACAAACAAAUGAUCCGAGGCUUAGCCUUAGUGGCUUUGAUUCGGAAUGAUGAAGAUAAUGGGCCUGGACAAUCUGAAUCAAACAUGGAUGAGCUUCUCACCAUCAUUGAUUAUAACGUUGGACGCUUCAAGAAAUCGUUGAUGAAAAUGUGGGAGAGCUCGAAGUUCCGGCCAGCGUCCAACACAGGAGGAGAAGUCUGAGCUUUGGUCUGCGCCUCCCCAAACUGGAGUUCAACAUUGACUUUGCGAUUCGCCUGGUCCUUCAUUUCAGGCUCGCCAGUGAAGUCAGAAGCCUUAUCCUAAUGUGGGGUGGUCCUAUU